UAACAUCACAAUGUGGCUGCUCAUCUCCCUGAUCUCCCUCUAUGGAGUCUUUAUCUUUGUAACAAAGGCUGCAGAAAUUCAGAGCCUACGCCAGACCAUCUCUGCUGAACUUGGAGCUUCAGUUUCUCUUCAGUGUUCUGCUCCAGAAAAGAUGUCUCUAGUCUACUGGUACAAACAAUCUGUUGGAAAGAAACCCCAACUUCUAGUAACUGUUCCCAAAUAUGGAUCUGUGGAAUUCUAUGAAUUUAAUGCUGGCAUAAUGAGCUUUGGAGAAGGAAUUCUGCUUAUUUUACAAGAUGCUGAAUAUGGCCACCACACUAUUCUCCAGAAGCCCAUGUCAUACCAAGGUCGUCAAGGAGACAGUGUAAAUUUUCAGUGCACAAUCCACACCAAUGUAUCUCAUGGAGAUCACCGUGUGUACUGGUUCAGACAUGGAUCAGGAGAAUCCCAUCCAGGAAUCAUUUACACUCAUGGAAACAGGAGUGAUGAGUGUGAGAAAAGCUCUGAGACUGAUUCUCCUACACAGAGCUGCGUCUACAAACUCCCCAAGAGAAACCUCAGCCUCUCUGAUGCUGGAACUUACUACUGUGCUGUGGCUGCAUGUGGACAGAUUCUGUUUGGCAACGGCUCAAAUCUAAAAGUUGAAGAGCACUGUGAGGAGAAUCAUCUCCUUCUCUAUUCACUAGUGGCAACAUUAGCUCUAUUCUUGGUUUUAAUAGUGGUAUUUCUUGUCAUCCCCAUUAACAAAAGGAAGAGUAUAUGUUGCCAGAAGUGCAGAGAAUUAUCAUCUUUGCCAAAUAAUGACCCCUCGAUCCCGAGGGUUGAUGUGCAGGAGGAAGAAGAAGACACACUGAACUAUGCAGCACUCAAUUUGGUCAAGAAGAAAGCCAAAAGCAGGAGAGAGAGGAAACCUGAAGAGUCAGUCGUUGUCUAUUCUUCAGUUAGAUGUAAAAAUGCCCAAAUGACUUAGCUUUUAUUAUAGUUUUAGUGUAUUCUGAAUGCUUUUAGUGAAGUUUUCCCAACAUCUUUCCUUAAAGAUUUUUUUUAAGUUGGUUCAGUCUCUGUCUGCCUGUAGUCUUCUUUGAUUUUGCAAUUACCUCUGUCAAAGUUUAAAGCUGCAUUCAAGUCAAAAAUGGGAAAAUACCAGUUUUCUCACCUGUAAUUGUGUUCAAAUGGCCAACAAAGUUUCAUACACAACUGGUAAAAUCAGAAUUCCAGAUCGCACACAAGUUUACGAGACAUAAUGCAACCUUUCACCUUUUACAUUAGGGAAAAUGCUAACCUUGGAGUGAAUGUUAAAAAAUGCAUGACUCAUGAACUUCUAUUAGAUCUAUGUGCUUUAAAACACAACAAAUAA